CAUCCCUUACUCCCGUUUAUCGAUAAAAUUCUCCGAAGGCGAUUGUAUUGUCGCGGCCAUCACGGGCAGUCGAGUCAGUUCUCAGGUUCCGCUUGGUUCUUUUCGGUUCCAGGAGGUGGUGUUUGGUAGUGUUAACGCUGGUGUUGAUUACGGAAUCGAGGAAAAAUCACGGAGUAAAGGGCGUGUAAGAUGCACGAGUGCCGGAGCUCUCGGACUCUUGGCUCGGUCACGGCCUCGGCCUCGGUGACGACGACGACGACGACGACGACGCCGCCGGGAGCGACGAGCGCGUGCAACGCGAGAACAGCGCGCGGAUACAAUCGAGUGGCUUAGCUGUCGAGGAAAACGAAAGCGUCGAUCUGCCAACGAGCGAGACUGAGAUAUCUGCGCUCUGAGGUGUCGACCGACCAACCGACCACUCGACCGAUCGACGGACGGACGUCUCGGCCGAUUUUUCAUUCUUUCAUUGCUGAUGACGAUGCUCUUUGAAAAUCCCACGGACUUAUCUUAGUCUCUCUCGAGCACUUGGUGAAAGAUGUUUUCGUCGCCGGCGUCAGUGGCGAGCGAGCCGUUGGGAUAUGAUUUUCAGAAAGAGGAGAACGCUGCCAAGUGGAAGGGAGUGUUUGUCAACUCCUUGCGCAAGGUACUAGAACAAGUACAUCCUAGUCUUGAAGCUCGAGAAGAUGCCUUAGACUAUGUGGAGUGUUUAAUUUUGAGAAUGCUAGGCAUGCUUUGUGGCCAUCCACCUCCUCAAACUCCUCAAGAUGUAGAGGAAAGAGUAAGACGGACGUUUCCUACGCCCAUCGAUAGAUGGGCUCUUCGUGAUGCGAGAGAUGCUUUAGAAAAAGGGAAAAAAAAGUCGCCAUUAGUACUACCAGUUGACAAGAUUCAUCAGUUAUUACAAAAAGAAGUAUUACAGCACAAAAUUGAUUUGCAAGUUAGCCUUUUUGUAGUUGGCGUUUUGGAAUAUAUCUCUGCUGAUAUUCUGAAGUUAGCUGGAAAUUAUGUGAAAAAUAUUCGCCAUGUAGAGAUUUCCUGCGAAGACAUAAGAGUCGCAAUGUACGCGGACAUGGUACUGAUGGACAUGUUUUAUCAAGAUGAUUGUAUGGAAGGUCCACAGAGUAGCUUGGGUGCAGUUGUUUCGCAGACUUAUGAAGAGUCUGUUCGAGAUCUCAUUCAUGAUGAACGGCAUUACAUCCGUGACUUACAUAUGAUUAUCAAAGUAUUUCGUGAAGAAAUUGCAAAGUUAGCACAAGAUAACAGUGAACUUGAGACGCUUUUCAGUAAUAUUACAGAUAUUUAUGAAGUUACUAUAACAUUACUUGGUAGUUUAGAAGAUAUAAUGGAAAUUACGGAAGAGAAGCAAACACCUACAGUUGGUUCAUGUUUUGAAGAAUUAGCAGAAGCAGCAGAAUUUGAUGUUUAUAUAAAAUAUGCGAAAGAUAUUAAUGGUUCAGCUAGUCGGGAAGUUUUAACAAAUUUAUUGUCAAGACCAGACGCUAGUGCGGCUUUACGUGCAGCAGGUCAUGGUUUUAAGGAAGCUGUUAAAUAUUAUUUGCCAAAACUUUUAUUACAACCUAUAUGGCAUUGUUUCCUGUAUUUUGAUUACAUAAAGGUUUUACAUAAGCGUACGCCUAAUACAGAGGAUGCCGAAACUCUGGAACAAGUGCAAGGUUUGUUAAGACCAUUACAAAUGGAAUUAAUGCAAUCUGUAGCAAGUCUUCCAAAAAAGGAUACGGGCUUGCGAAUGCAGAGCAGAGCAAGGAAACAAGCAGCACUGGAGAAAAUUAGUGAAUUACAAAAGACUGUGGAUGGUUGGGAUCAAAGAGAUAUUGGGCAGUGUUGCAAUGAAUUUAUUAGAGAGGAUACAUUGAAAAAAGUGGCUAGUAAUGGACGAAGAUUAACAGAAAGAAAAGCCUUGUUGUUCGAUGGUUUAUUAGUAUUGUGUAAACCAACUGGUAGUAAAAGAGUCAGCGUUACCGUUGCAGCAGGUAUCGGAGUAGGUGGACAUUCGACUCACCAAGGUGAACUUCGAUUAAAAGAGAGACUUUUCAUUAGAAAAGUCGAUAUUAUCGAUAGAGAAGAUACCGAAGAAUUAAAAAAUGCUUUUGAAAUUGCACCAAGGGACCACCCUAAUGUUAUUCUUGUUGCCAAAUCUGUUGAAGAUAAGAAUAAUUGGAUGGCGGAUUUAGUAAUGUUGAAUACCAAAAGUAUGUUAGAAAGAACUUUAGAUAGUAUCCUAUUGGAUGAGGAAAGAAAGCAUCCGUUGAGGCUACCUCCAUCUCAUUUGUAUAAAUUUGCUGAACAAGAUAGUGACAAAAAUAUUGUUUUGGAGGCUAGGGAAAAUGGUGGUGUUCCCUUAAUUAAGGGUGCAACUUUAAUAAAAUUAGUAGAAAGAUUAACUUAUCAUAUAUAUGCUGAUCCAGCUUUUGUAAGAACAUUCCUUACUACUUACAGGAGUUUUUGCUCACCUCAAGAAUUAUUGACAUUGUUAAUAGAGAGAUUCGAUAUACCAGAUCCUUCAUUAGUCUAUGGUGAAGAAGAAAAACCUUCUGUAUGUAAAACCGCUAGAGAAGAUUGGAAAAGAUAUAGAAAGGAAUUUUGCCAACCAGUGCAGUUUAGAGUUUUGAACGUUUUAAGACAUUGGGUGGAUCAUCAUUUUUACGAUUUUGAACGUGAUAGAAAUCUUUUAGAAAGAUUGCAAUUAUUUUUGGAUACAGUUAGUGGUAAAUCCAUGCGAAAAUGGGUUGAUUCAGUAAUAAAAAUUGUACAAAGAAAAUGCGAGCCAUCGGAACAACGACCUAUCACAUUUAGUUUUGAACGAUCUCCUCCACCAGUUGAGUGGCAUCUUAAAGUUCCUGAGGAAGAAUAUGGAAUACUUACGUUACAUCCUAUCGAAUUAGCAAGACAGUUAACACUAUUGGAGUUUGAUCUGUAUAGAACGGUAAAGCCUUCCGAAUUAGUUGGAUCUGUAUGGACAAAAAAGGAUAAGGAUAAGACAUCACCAAAUUUGCUGAAAAUGAUCAAGCAUACAACAAAUUUCACAAGAUGGUUAGAAAAGAUAAUAGUAGAGGCUGAAAAUUUCGACGAGAGAUUAGCCAUUGUAUCACGUGCAAUUGAAGUAAUGAUGGUGCUGCAAGAUCUCAAUAAUUUUAAUGCUGUUCUAGCUAUUAUUAGUGCUAUGGGAUCAGCUUCAGUUUUUAGAUUAAGAUGUACAUUUCAACAAUUACCUGCACGAUUAGAAAAAGCGUUAGAAGAAGCACGAGAGCUUAAUAGCGACCAUUUUCGGAAGUAUCAAGAGAAACUAAGAUCUAUCAAUCCACCUUGCGUACCAUUCUUUGGUAUGUACUUGACUAAUAUUCUGCAUAUUGAAGAAGGAAAUCCAGAUUAUUUACCUGGAAGUCCAGAGCUUAUUAAUUUUAGCAAACGCCGAAAAGUAGCAGAAAUAACUGGUGAAAUACAACAGUAUCAAAAUCAACCUUAUUGUCUUUUAGUGGAACCUAGAAUAAGACAAUUUCUUGAAAAUCUGUGUCCUUUUGAUCCCGAGAUGUCAGACGCGAAUAUAAGCAAUUAUUUGUAUGAGAAAAGUUUAGAAAUAGAACCAAGAGGUUGUAAACAACCUCUACGAUUCCCGCGUAAAUGGCCAGAAUUGAACUUGAAAUCACCAGGAAUCAAAGCUAGAAGCGCAAGAUUACCAGCUCCAUUACACGUGGUAACAUCCAGCGUAAAAUUACACGAUUCUCCAGCGGAUGCAUUUUCCCAAGGAUUACCGGAAACGCCUCCACAUGUAUCACAAAUUACAGUUCCAUCACAUACAGUGGACGUUUCUGUGCCUGUCUUAUUCGCACCUGUACCACUUCCGGCAUCACCUAGUCCACCUAGUAUGUCGGCGCUUUCGCUCGCUUCGUCGAAUAGCAGCCCUCAAUCUCCUGGACCUUUUUUUUUUAAUAACAACAUAAGUACUAUAACGUGUCUACCAAGUAUCCUGCCAGGUGGAAGCCCCAGUGCAAUACAAACGCCGUCGUUUCCCAAUAAUGUUGGGAACCCACAUCCUAGCCAACCUCCACCACCGCUACCACCUAGACCUAAACGAAAAGAAAGUUCAUGUAGCGAAUCACCACAACAAGCAAAACAAGCUCCAAACGCACCAAUUCUUCCUCCAAGAGAUGAUAUUUCACCACCGCCGUUACCACCGCGACCUGUAACAUUACCACCACGACUUCCAGCGACAUUAAAUCCAAAUAGUUCGGCAUUACUGACGCGCCGAAAUUCCACAUUAGAAAAUACAGGUUGUACUGUCGUUCAUCCACGGAGACAUAUGUCUUUCAAUAGUCCUAGCCCUACAAAACUUCCACCAACACAGCCUAACGGAUCAGUAACGCCAAAGUUACCACCGAAACCUUUAUCAGGACGUCAACCUACUAUGUUUAAUUUCAGCGCUCCUCCUGGACCUAGCUAAGUGUUGUUCUUAUCAUAGUUUUAUUUUUUUUUACUUAAAAAAAAUUUCAGUCGCAGCUUAGUCCAUUUGGUAAGUAAAGCUGAAAUCUUUCUUGUCGCACAAAUAGUAAAAAGGCACAAUCUAAUAGAUCGAUAAAUUCCAAAUAAAGUAUUCACAAAGUAUUGAUGACAAAUCAUUAAAUGUGAAAAUAGUAAAAAUCUUAAAUAAUGAUUUAAUAUUUUAACAAUUCGAUGAACUUUCAAGUUUGUUAUUUAAAAUAAUUAGUGCUUUGUUAUAUUUUAUCUUACUAAAUAGACUACGCUCAGUAUCAGUUACCUGAAUGGCUUCCUUCUUUUAAAUCUCCGUCUUUCCUUCAAAUACACACAACUGUGAUAUAG